CUUACGAGUGGUUAUUUCGUUAUCGCGGAAUCCGCUCUCAUAUGCGCCCCGACCGCACCCAACCACCCGUCUUUUUCCGUAAUUCAUAGUUCAUACUCCAAGCAGCUUCGCUCCCCUUUCCGAUUCGGAGCGAGCAGGAGCUUUGCCGCCGUCGCGUCGUAGGAAGGCGGACAGGUAGCUGCCGGAAUCACAGAAACCGUAGAAACUCCACACAAGUCGAAAACCCUACUUCCUCCUCCUCCUCCCCAUCCCAAUUAGUGCUGCUAAAGUUCGAACCUUUUUCCCCCCAGCGCUACACAAUCCUUCUCAAAUCACUCUUCUCGCAUUAACCUUAACUUCAAUUCGAAACAAAAAAUCAUGAAAUUCCGCUAUGCAAUGGUGUGUUCGUCGAAUCAGAACCGGAGCAUGGAAGCUCACGCUCUGCUCAAGCGCAACGGCUUCGAUGUCUGCUCCUAUGGAACCGGCGCUCAUGUGAAGCUCCCCGGGCCCUCCAUUCGAGAGCCCAAUAUCUACGAGUUCGGAACCCCCUACAAGCACAUGUUUGAGGAACUCAGGCGGAAGGAUCCCGAGCUUUACAAGCGCAAUGGUAUAUUGCCGAUGCUUAAAAGAAACUCAGCUGUCAAGUUGGCACCUCAACGUUGGCAAGACAAUGCAGCUGACGGUUCGUUUGAUGUAGUGUUCUCAUUUGAAGAAAAGGUGUUCGAUAUGGUUGUGGAAGACCUCCAUAACAGGGAUCAUGUCCUUCUAAAGACUGUUCUAGUGAUCAACUUGGAAGUGAAAGACAAUCAUGAGGAAGCAGCAGCAGGAGCUAGACUGACUCUAGAUCUGUGCCAAGCGAUUGAAGAUGCAGCAGAGUCAUGGGAGGAGUCAAUUGAUGAAGUGAUUGCCGCAUUUGAAGCAAAGCACCGACGGAAACUGUUAUACAGCAUAUCGUUCUAUUGAUCCUUCUUUUCUGGCCAAGACACCAUGUUGUUAUGUAGUUCUCCGUCAUUCGCAAUCUACUCCUUUCUCCGUUAUUCGCAUUCUGCUUUUUUCGCGAAAUUUCGCAGUUGCUAACGCCUUCACUUGUCUAAACCCGAGAAGGGAACCUGCUUUUUCGCGAAAUUUCGCAGUUGCUAACGCCUUCACUUGUCUAAACCCGAGAAGGGAAUCGACACAGCUAUUGCAUUCCUAAGCAAGAGCUACCAACGAACGACUUGCUUGAUACAUGCAUUU